AUGUCACACGCUCUAAAUCAUACGACUGAAAUCUACCCUCCAUCUGUGCACUAUCACUCAAGACAUUCUUCUAUGGACGAAAUGGAAGACGAUGAGUCUCACGAGGACUCUCCCAGAGAGGAGGCGGACUUCGAAACCACGGAAGAGGAGGUGCCCGACGGCCGCCGCCCGAAGAGCAGUGUCCCCUGGAAGCGGCCCGGCCGGCGCGUCGGCAUGGAGGAGGCCGAGGAGCCCGUCUACAGCUCGCCCAACCCCGCCAACAUCCAGUACCAGCCGUCACACUCCAACUACUCCCGCUACGACACGACCCACUCCGACCUGACCUCCAGCGACCCCCGCUACGACCCCGCCUCGCAGCUGAUGGCCAACAUGCUCCAGGGCGCCGCCGAGUUCACGCGCAAGGACCACGGCUCGAUCUUCUUGCCUCCGCCCCUCCUUCCGCCGCCCACGGGAUUCGACAGGAACCAGGACGCGCAGUUCAUCCCGGGGACGUCCCUCCCUCGCUUCCUCCCUCCGCCCCGCCCCGCCAAGAGCGUCUCUCUCGCCAAGGCUCCUCCCGAAGGAUACGGCCAAGGCACCCCGUCCCAGAUCCAGUCCUACGACUACGAUCCUGAGGCGCCGCCCAUCCCGCCCAGGAACUACACCAGGGAGGAGGCAGGACUUCCGCCUCUGAGGGAGUCCUCGCAGUCCCCCCUCCGGCCGUCGACGAAGGACGCGCAGGUGGAGGCUCGAAUCGACAACGAGACGGGGGGAUCGUCUUCGUCAGGAGAGGAGCUCGUCCGCCGCGCCUCGACGACCUCCUCGCAGGCCUCCGACGCGGGGAGCUCAGACGGCACGGCGCCCAACGUGCGUCGUCUGCGCCGUCGCUUCCACGACCUCCUGGACGACGCCUUCUCUCUGCUCAAUGGUCAACGACACGGGGAUAAGGUCACACCUCUCACGACCCCCACUCAAGGCCGCAAGGGUCGCGUAAGGUCAGCGGCUUUCUUACAGAGGGGCCGCCAUUCGGAGGUGCCAGAGGAGCAGGGCGCCGCAGGAGGCGACGACGGGCGCCCUUGGUCAGUCGCCGCCGUCCACGCGUCGCCGUCGUGGAGAGAACCACAGCUGGUGGGCGUGAUCCCCCUGGAGGAGAGCAGGAACCCGGUGUCCGCCUGGGGGGACGGGGCGGGCAGGGCGAGCAGCGGACGGCCCUCCAGCGCCCAUCCCACGACCGGAGCCGGGCGACCCUCGAGCAGCGGACGACCCUCAAGUGCGAGGCCGAGUAGCGGACGCCCCGGCAGCGGACGCAGCGCCCGGAGCAUCACGCCCGUCAACAUGCCGCCCAACAGCCCCGACCGACUCGGGCUGAAUCUGGCGGGCGUGCACGGGAGCACCGAGGCCCUGGACCCCGACACCGGCCUCCGCGUGUCCGACCCGGCCGUGCCCCUCAUCCGCGCCAUCAAGGAGGAACUCAAGCGCUUCAAGUCGACCAUCAGCACCGAAUCCUCCAACGCCUGAGGCCCGACUGCUCCUCGAACGCCCAAACCUUCGACUCCUGAGACGCAGCUGCUCCUCCGCGCUGCUUCUGGCCUCGCUGAGGGACCCAGGGC